CGAGGCGCAGCGGGCCGGGCAGCCAGCAGCGCGCGGCGGGCUGCAGCGACAUGUCUCUUUAAGUUGGUGUCAAAGCCGAUUACCGCUGAUCUCCGCCGUGUUUCUGUUUUCACCGUCUGUUCCCUGUUUCUAUUUUUGUUUCGCGCUGCUGAAGAUACGAUCAGCGGUCUCGUUUUGAAACGUUUUAUACCGGCCGGGUGGAAAAAAAACGCUCGUCUCCUCGCGUUAACUCCUCGUCAAAGUUUGGAGCAUGGAAACGUCGUGAAGCGUUGUUGUUGUUUUCUGCAGCUCUGCUUUGUAGGAAAGCCCACGUUAAAGCCCCAGACUGGCGAGCUGGUGAGUGAGAUGUGCGCUGCGCCGGGGACUCUCCAACUUUUUGUACCAUAGUAAGCCUGGAUUACCUCUCCCUGCACACGGAGACAUUAACCGCUUUCUCUCUGGCGUCCUCCUGCUAAAAUAACGGCAGUGAUGUGAUGUGAUGCCUCGGGUUACUGUUUGAAGUUGGCACCAAAAUAAAAAAAGCAAAAUCCGAGUGAACAUAAAAUGCAGAAGGGUGUGCGGUACAAUGAGGGCCACGCUCUGUAUCUGUCGCUGGUUGCGCGUAAAGAGGGCACCAAGCGCGGCUUCCUGAGCAAGAAGACCACCGAGAACAGCCGCUGGACCGAAAAGUACUUCGCCCUCUACCAGAACGUGCUCUUCUACUUCGAGAACGACCAGAGCACCAGGCCCUCCGGGAUGUACCUGCUGGAGGGAUGCACGUGCGAGCGGGCACCUGCGCCCAAGGUCUCCGCCAUCAGCAAGGAGCCCACAGAGAAACAGCAGCACUACUUCCUGAUCAUUUUUGGCCACGAUGGACAGAAACCUUUGGAGCUGCGGACCGAGGAAGAGUCAGACUGCAAUGAGUGGGUGGAGUACAUCCAGCAGGCCAGUUACUCUGACGUCAUCAUCGAGCGUGAGAUCCUGAUGCAGAAGUACAUCCACCUGGUCCAGAUCAUGGAGACUGAGAAGGUCGCAGCCAAUCAGCUUCGCACUCAGCUGGAGGACCAGGACACCGAGAUCGAGAGGCUUAAAGCUGAGAUUCUAGGGCUGAACAAAGCCAAGGAGAGGAUGCAGCCUUACCAGAGCAACCAAGAGGAGGAAGACCCAGAUAUUAAAAAGAUCAAAAAGGUGCAAAGUUUCAUGCGUGGCUGGCUAUGCCGGAGGAAGUGGAAGAUCAUCGUCCAGGAUUACAUCUGUUCCCCUCACGCUGAGAGCAUGAGGAAAAGGAACCAGAUUGUCUUCAACAUGGUGGAGGCAGAGACAGAAUACGUCCACCAGCUCUCCAUCCUGGUGAAUUGUUUCCUGAGGCCGCUCCGCAUGGCUGCCAGCUCCAAGAAACCUCCCAUCAGCCAUGACGACGUCAGCAGUAUAUUCCUCAACAGUGAGACCAUCAUGUUUCUGCAUGAGAUCUUCCAUCAAGGUCUGAAAGCUCGGAUUGCCAACUGGCCCACGCUGGUUCUGGCGGACCUGUUUGAUAUCCUGCUGCCCAUGCUGAACAUUUACCAGGAGUUUGUGCGUAACCACCAGUACAGUCUGCAAGUGCUGGCAAACUGUAAGCAGAACAGAGACUUUGACAAGCUGCUGAAACAGUACGAGUCCAACGCUGCAUGUGAGGGCCGGAUGUUGGAGACUUUCCUCACUUAUCCCAUGUUCCAGAUUCCACGAUACAUCAUCACUCUUCAUGAGCUGCUGGCGCACACACCCCAUGAGCAUGUGGAGCGCAAGAGUCUGGAAUUCGCCAAAUCCAAACUGGAGGAGCUGUCGAAGAUGAUGCACGACGAGGUGAGUGACACCGAGAACAUCAGGAAGAAUCUGGCCAUAGAGAGGAUGAUUGUCGAGGGCUGUGACAUCCUGUUGGACACAAGUCAGACCUUCGUCAGACAAGGCUCUCUCAUCCAGCUGCCGUCCAGCAGCGAGCGGGGCAUGCUCAGCAAGGUCCGCCUGGGCUCCCUGUCACUGAGGAAGGAAGGAGAGCGACAGUGUUUUCUGUUCACCAAACACAUCCUCAUCUGUACCCGAACAUCUGGAGGAAAGCUUCACUUGCUCAAGCAAGGAGGAGCGCUGUCUCUGAUAGAGUGCACUCUCAUUGAAGAACUAGAGGCCAGUGAUGAGGACUACAACGCAGCAGGUCAAGGCUUCAACCAUCUGGAGUUCAAAAUUGUGGUGGAGCCUCCUGACGGUCAGCCCUUCUCCGUUGUCCUCUUGGCUCCGUCUCGCCAAGAAAAGGCCGCCUGGACCAGCGAUAUCAGCCAGUGCAUUGAUAAUAUCCGAUGUAACGGCCUGAUGACCAGUGUGUUUGAGGAGAACUCCAAAGUUUCUGUGCCGCACAUGAUCAAGUCUGAUGCCCGACUGCAUAAAGACGACGUCGACAUUUGCUUCAGCAAGACGCUCAACUCCUGCAAGGUCCCACAGAUCCGAUAUGCCAGCGUGGAGCGCCUGCUGGAGCGACUCACAGACCUGCGAUUCCUCUCCAUAGAUUUCCUCAACACCUUCCUGCACACGUACAGGAUCUUCACCACAGCUGCCGUGGUCAUGGACAAACUGGCGGACAUCUACAAGAAGCCGUUUACCUCCAUACCUGUCAGGAUCGAGCAACAUUCAUGUGAUCGUCUGUCCAUCAUGUCCCUCUGUCCCGACUACAGUCUGAAGAUCACGCAGCUUGCGCUGGACCAGUCCAAGUCUCUGGAGCUCUUCUUCGCCACCAACCAGGGCUCGUGGGCGACAGACCCCUUGAACAACAAAUCUCCGAGGCUGUGCCGCAAGUUUUCUUCUCCUCCUCCUCUCUCCAUCCCCCCUCGCACCUCCUCCCCCGUCCACUGCCGCAAGCUCUCCCUCAGUUCCCCGAUCGGCACGAAAGUGGGAGCCUUGGACCUGUCCACCACGCCUACCUCCUCUGCCGCCAACUCCCCCACCUCCAGUCACUGUCCCUCCAUCUCCUCUCCUCCGCCCACUUCAACCAGGCCCCCCUCUGGCUUUUCCUCCCCUCCGCCCACCGCCACGCGCUCUCCCAGCCUCCCCCAGGCCUCUGGGAUGUCCUCUCCGCCCCCCUUCUCCACCAAGGCCCCGCUGGACCUCAGCCGUGGUCCCAGCUCCCCAGAGCUGAGCCCAGCUGCAGGGGAGGACGUCAGCGGGGAGCUUCCUCGCCUUGACGCCUUCUGUGGGAAGCUGAGGCGCAGCAUCCGCAGGGCUGUCCUGGAGUCAGUAUCUCUGGACAAGUUUCUUCCUGAAACACCAGCCACCAGCGAGGCGGGCGACAUGUCUCCCUGCCGCUCACCUUCAACGCCAAGGCAUCUCCGCUACAGACCGUCAGGAGCCACAUCGGGGGAGAACUCUCGCUGUACGAUGUCGCCGGCUUCAGCGUUUGCGAUUGCCACUGCUGCUGCUGGGCAUAGCAGCUCCCAGGGUUUUGGUAGUUCUGAGAAAGUCUGUGACAAAGAAUUCAUCAUCCGGAGAGCUGCUACCAACAGAGUUCUCAAUGUGCUGCGACACUGGGUUUCCAAGCACUCCCAGGACUUUGACAUGAACAGUGAGCUGAAGAUGGGGGUGAUCACUCUCUUGGAGGAGGUCCUGCGAGAUCCAGACCUGCUGCAACAGGAGAGGAAAGCAACAACAAACAUAUUAAGUGCCCUUUCUCAAGAAGAACAGGAUGACGCUCAGCUGAAGAUAGAGGACAUACUACAGAUGGCGGAGAGUCCGAAGGCCGAGUGUUUUGAUUCCCUCUCUGCCAUGGAACUGGCCGAACAGAUCACGCUACUGGACCACAUCGUGUUCAGGAGUAUCCCCUAUGAGGAGUUCCUCGGUCAGGGCUGGAUGAAGGUCGACAAGACAGAGAGGACUCCGUACAUCAUGAAGACCAGCCAGCACUUUAAUGAUAUGAGUAACCUGGUGGCGUCUCAGAUAAUGACCCACACUGAUGUGGGCUCCAGGGCCAGCUCCAUAGAAAAGUGGCUUGCAGUGGCUGAUAUCUGUCGCUGCCUCAACAACUACAACGGCGUGCUGGAGAUCACGUCUGCGCUCAACCGCAGCGCCAUCUACAGGCUGAAGAAGACCUGGGCAAAAGUCUGCAAACAGACGAAGGCGCUCAUGGACAGGCUGCAGAAGACGGUGUCAUCAGAAGGGAGGUUCAAGAAUCUCCGAGAGACGCUGAAAAACUGUAACCCUCCAUGCGUCCCAUACCUGGGCAUGUACCUCACUGACCUGGCUUUCAUUGAGGAGGGAACACCCAACUUCACGGAGGAGGGGCUGGUGAACUUCUCCAAGAUGAGGAUGAUUUCUCAUAUCAUCCGGGAGAUUCGUCAGUUCCAGCAGUCACCUUACAGGAUAGAGCACCAGCCCAAGGUGACCCAAUUUCUCCUGGAUAAGACACUAGUGAUGGAUGAAGAUACCCUCUAUGAGCUUUCGCUGAAGAUCGAACCCAGAGUACCACCUGGCUAAGACAUGAUAAAGCUGUUUUCCAUCUUACAAACUCAGUCAUGAGCUAACACAACUUGAGAUUCUUUCUUAAAAAAGCAGGGGUUGUUAAUAAAACACCACCAGUUAUUGUGCUUAGGAAACUCAGGAGAAAAUGUGCCUUGUUGUAUAAUAACCGACAUAUAUGUAUAUUUAAUUAACAUUUAACACACACAACUCUGCCAUACAAUCCUACAGUUAUGACUGUAGAAAAAACAUGUUAGCCACUGAACAUGGCACUAACUAGAAAGUAACCACGUUGUAAAUACCAAACUAUCUGCCUCUAUAGUCUUGCACAUAAACAUUGUCAGACGAGUUUUACAUUAUUCGUUUGAUGAUGGCACAGAAUAUAUAAAGAGAACUUGGAGGAUGGAAAAAAGAUAAAGCAGUAAUAAUGGAUAUUUUGGGGGGCCACUUGGGGACAGCAAAGCGGGAUCUAAACCCAACACUGACAUGUUAUCGCAAACAUUGCUUAUUUAAACAUCGAGCAAACAUUAGCAUUCCUCUGGAGUUGUGUUUCUGGCCAUCUAAUAACCCAAAUAUUCACUCUGUUUUUACAGCUUUUCAGUAAAAACCAGCUGAAAGAUGCUAAAUUGGAUGAUAAUCCUCUGUGGCUUUGUUUCUACAAGUGACACCCAUUGUAUUGUAUAAAAUUGAGCAUUUAGCAGCUAAAAAAAACAGAUAUUUCCCCUCAGGAGCUGGUGGGGACCAAAAACAGAGCUAAAAGGAGUGUGAAUAUUUGAUUAAAAUCGAUUGUAAACACGACUCUAAAUUAAUUGCUUCUUUUGUGUUGGAUUAGUAAAUUGGCAUCUUUACACAAUAUGUUAGUUUGUAAUAAUGUUUUAAUGAGUUUGUUUGUCUCGGUGGCCAAAAAAUCAAUUAUUGCUGCUUUGAAAAAAUUUUUUUUGGACCUAAAGGCUUAAAUGAAAUACAAAGAGUAAUUUCAGAGCGCGACACUCUGAAAAUGUGUUUAUUGUUUUAAAGCUGCUUCUUUUGUAAUGAUGUGUGUAUCAGGGAAAAAGUAUUUGUGAGUGUCCCAGCGGGGGUCACAUGACAACUCUGAAACUGCCUCACAGGCCAGCUCUUGCUUUGGGGAUUUGGCAGAUAUAACGCGAUUUUGUCCCAAGGACAUCUUCAAUCAGGAAGUAAAGUAUCUUAAAGCCCCUAUCAUAUUAGUUUAUACUGAUCUUUAGUACAAUGAAACAAAUGACUACAAACCAAUUUAAAAACUGUAAACCUGAAACAUUUGGGGCUCCUGGGGGUCUAAUCCUCCAGGGGAGUUGCCCACUUUAAGGAGUGCAGCUGGAGUACAGUUUAAAAUGGACCUUAAUACCUACCUUGGUGACUCGACACGAGAUGUUGGCCCAGGUCAACAUUUUUAUAUCUUUACUCUGUUAACACUACAGGUUUAUGAUGUUAGAGCAAAAAAAAAGUAAAAAUCUUUGUAGUUUCUCACAUUCCAAAUCUGAAAAUAUGGUAAUCUCAAAUUUAAGAUCUAACAAAAGCAUUUUCCGCUGCAAAUCAUGUCGUUUCAGUCAUUUUAUACACAAAAUGUUCCGAUUUUGAAAUAUCUGCUUCUUUUAUUAAUUUAUUUUUUUGAAGAGAGCGGGACUAACGGGUGUCAAACAUGCUACAAAACUCUACAGUUAAAUUUCUUUUACAUGUUUCAUAUCAUCUAUUAUUAUUAUUAUUAUUAUUAGUUCCUUGUAAAUGUCAUCAAUUAAUUAAUCAUAUUCAUAUUUUAAGCCUUGUUGUCUAUAUUAGUAAUCAACCUGUUUUCAUCCCAGGGUGUCACAUAUGGACACUUGGCGUCGCAUUUUAAAAUUAAUCCUUGUGUCGCUUUCCUUGCGGGGGUUUUAUCGCUGGACAACUGCUGAGUGUUCACACACAACGCGAUAACCACGAAUAAACACAACACGUGAUUACUACAGUUGUUUGAACAUUUUUCCGUGAUUAAAUUGCGAUAAAUUGAUAAAACUGAUGCUGAAAUAAAUACAACAUGAUGCAGAUUUGUUUGACAUAUGAAUUCAUGCUUUGUCAGGUCUGUCAACGAGACAGCAGAGCAACAACUUCUAAAAUGUUUGUUUUCUGA